UUUCAUGCGGGAGUUCUCACCAAGAAGGUUUCAUCAUUUCACACUUCGAUCAAGUCAAAGUUCAAAAUUUUUUUUACGACGUCGUAUUAUUUCUAUUUUUUUAAUUGUUUGAAAUAAAUUUCUGGUGAAAUUGGGAAAUUCUGGAGAAAGAAUGACUUCCAGAUUACUUUGCAACUUGGGAAUGCGAUAUUUCUCCCAGUCGCCCACAGUUUCGACAAAGAUAAGCAGGCACGUUUUGAAGAGGAACAUUCAGACAACGUGGUCAGCUCGGGACAUCUUUACUGUACAGGAUGAGAAAGAUUUUCAGGAUAAAGUUGUGGGUAGCAAGAGACCGGUUGUUGUCGAAUUUCAUGCAACGUGGUGCGGACCAUGUAAAAUGCUUAUGCCAAGAAUGGAAAAACAAAUGGUCAACUACAACGACAAGGUGGACAUGGCGAAAGUGGAUAUUGACGAGUUACCAGAUGUCGCAAUGGAAUACAAUGUGGGGGCAGUUCCUUCUGUGCUUUUAAUCAAAGAUGGCAAAGUCUUAGAUAAGUUUGUCGGGUUGAAGGAUGAAGAUCAGAUUGAUACGUUUUUAACGAAUGCAGCUAAACAAUGACGAAUGUAUGCGUAUAAUUUUUAGUUUAAUAUUGCAAUCAUCGUUCCAACAAGUAUAAAUAAAACUAUUUGAAACAUAAAAUGGA